AUGCCGGAGUUCAACCGAUACAACCACGAGGACAAAACGACAUGGCUGAACGCCGUCGAGAAACCGAAAGCGGCCCUGGAGGCGAUCAUCGACCCGUCCAUUCUCGCGGCAGACUUCUGCCAGCUCGGUGACGAGGUAGCGAGCGUCAUUUCACCGGCGGGUGGCGCAGUAGAAUGGAUUCACGUUGACGUGAUGGAUGGCCACAUGGUGCCAAACAUUAGCAUCGGCCCCGGCGUCGUCUCCUCGCUGCGCGCGCGCUUUCCGAACGUAUUUUUUGACGUUCACUGCAUGGUUAGCGACCCCAAACAGUGGGUCCCUGUCAUAGCCAAGGCAGGCGGCUCUGGCUACACCUUCCACAUUGAAGCGACGGAUGACAGCAAGGGUCUUGCGAAGCUCAUUCGCGCUCAUGGGAUGCAGGUCGGUGUGGCGGUGAAGCCGGCAACGAAUCUCACCCAAGAGCUGAAGGAACUGAUUGAGGGCUGCUACGUGGAUCAGGUCCUGGUCAUGACUGUGGAGCCUGGAUUCGGCGGACAGUCUUUCAUGGCGGAGCGACUGUGCUUCAUCGCCGAGCUGCGUCACAACUACCCACACCUAAACAUUGGCGUCGAUGGCGGUAUCGGUCCCGGCACGGCGGAGCAGGCAGCCGACGCCGGCGCUAACAUCCUAAUCGCCGGUACGUCAGUGUUCAAGGCCAGCGACCGCAAGGCGGCCAUCGAGGAGCUGCGCGCGUCGGCGAAGAGUGGGAUCUCCAAGAACUCGCGGGGUUAA